GAUGGCUAUCGCUGUAGACGACGACCAUCAUCGCGCAGUUGCACCCCCAGUGCACGCGCAUAGCAGGACCGGAACGGUCACAAAAGACCCUAGAAGAGCAGCGUUCUUUCCCAGCGUCCCGCGAAAGAAUGCACGAAGUUCAAAUUCUGAAUGUCCGCAUCUGACUGUGCGAUUGUUCAGCCCAUGACGGUGGUCUUGUAAGCUCUCCCACCGUGUCGAUGACCUAUCCCAGGCGGGUCGCCGACGGCGCGCCAGGGGCGAGACAGCUGAUGAACCUGACCGCCAUGAGAUUGCAUUGCAGGGGUCGCCACGCCCGACCGUGCUUCUAUCCGGUCCCCAGAUCAAAACCUGGCGCUUAAAGAGACCCGCAUCACACACACACUUCUCCAUCUCGCUCUCCCACCCGAUGGCUUUUCAGUACCCGCCUACCGAGCUGCCCACCCUCCAGAGCCUCGGCGUCACCAGCGCCCCCGCCGCGACCGACAUCGACGCGUCCGCCGUAUCGGAGAAGUGGCUCGCGUCGCUCUCCAAGGCGCUGGACGCCCGCGACGCGGCUGGCGCAGCGAGCCUCUUUGUCCCCGGCGCGUACUGGCGCGAUCUCCUCGCCUUUACCUGGGACAUCCGCACCUUCCGCGGGCCCGACAAGAUCAAGACGUUCCUCGCGGACACGCUCGCGCAGGCAAAGCCCACGAAGAUCGCCCUCACGCCCGGCACGGCAGCCGCGCAGGCACCGUUCCCCGACGUGCUCUGGGUGAUCGCGCUCUUCUCGCUCGAGACCUCGGCGGGCCCGACAACGGGCGUCCUGCGCCUUGUGCCCACGCAGGACGGCUCGUGGAAGGCGCACGGCGUCCUCACCAGCCUCGAGGGCCUCGCGGGCAACCCAGAGCGCAUCGGCCCCUUCCGCGAGAACUCUGAGCAGCCCCCUCACCAUCCCCAGCCAACCCUGGAGAGCGCACAGCCGACGGUCGUGAUCGUCGGUGGUGGGCACAGCGGCCUGAACGUCGCGGCGCGCCUGAAGGCACUCGGCGUCAACUCGCUCAUCCUCGAGAAGAACUCGCGCGUGGGCGAUAACUGGCGCGGGCGGUACGAGUCGCUCGUCUUGCACGAUCCCGUCUGGUACGACCACCUGCCGUAUCUCCCAUUCCCUCCCACGUGGCCUGUGCACACCCGUGCACCCAAGCUCGGCGACUGGCUCGAGUCCUACGCGACCUCCCUCGACCUCGAUGUCCUCACUAGCACGCCGGUCGUCCGCGCCACGCACGACGAGAAGACGGGCUCCUGGACUGUUGUCGCACGGCGAAGCUCUGACGGCAAGGAGCGCACCUUCAACGUCAAGCACGUCGUUCUCGCCGUUGGCCUCGGCGAGGGGUGGAGCAAGAUUCCCGAGUACAAGGGCUUGGAUACGUUCGGCGGAAAGGCCUUGCAUUCGUAUAGCCACAAGUCGGCGGACGAGUACAAGGGGAAGAAGGUGCUUGUUGUUGGCGCGUGCACGGCUGCCCACGACAUCGCCGCGGAGUGCGUCAGGAAGGGCGUCGAUGUGACGAUGUACCAGCGCAGCCCGACGUAUGUCAUCACCGUCAAGACCGUCAAGGAGGCGUUCAUGAAGGGCCUCUACGAGGAGGGCGGCCCCCCGACAGAGAUCGCAGACCUGCUCGGCGCCUCUUUCCCAUACCCGAUGCAGGGCGAGCUUGGGGCGCGCUCCGUGCUGCACUUCGCGGACUUAGACAAGGACACCCUCGAGGGCCUCGCGAAGGUAGGCUUCCGCACGAAUAAGGGUUUCAUGGACAAGGGUAUCUUUUGGUCCUUGAUCGAGGCCGGUGGCGGGUACUACAUCGACACCGGCGCCUGCAAGCACGUUAUCGACGGCAGCAUCAAGUUGAAAAGCGGCCCGCCGGCGAAGCCGCUGCAGGGCGGCAGCAGCGUGAAGCUGACGCACUUUACGCGCGACGCGGCAGUCUUCGACGACGGGUCCGAGGUCAAGGCGGACGUGGUCAUCUUCGCGACGGGCUUGGGUACUGUCAAGGAUGCUGUCCACCAGAUCUGCGAUCCGAAGACCGCGGAGAAGGUGAAGAAGAUCUGGGCUCUUGAUAGUGAGGGCGAAAUCAACGGCGUCUACCGCGACGGCGAUGUGCCGGGUCUGUAUAUCAUGAUGGGUAACCUGGCCAUCUGCCGCUUGUACUCAAAGUACGUCGCGAUGCAGAUUGCCGCGAAAGAGACGGGUGCCUAUGGUACGCCGUACAGGGUGGGCAAGGAGUAGACGUCCCACGGCACAUGACUCUUGUGCAUGGUUUCACGCAUUGGCUACGAGGUUUCCAUUUCUAUCGCAUCUGUACUUAUACGACAAUCACAUAUCGAAAAGAAUCAGCUUUGGAAUCUGCCA